AUGUCGGCUGCUGCUGGCGGAGAAGCCCCGGGGCCACCGAGCGGCUUCGCCAAGCGAGUCCUGGUCACGGGCGGUGCUGGCUUCAUUGCAUCACAUGUGAUAGUCUCUCUAGUAGAAGAUUAUCCGGAUUAUAUGAUCAUCAAUCUUGACAAGCUGGGCUACUGUGCAAGCCUGAAGAACCUUGAAACCAUUUCUAACAAACAAAACUACAAGUUUAUACAGGGUGACAUUUGUGAACCUCACUUCAUAAAACUGCUUUUUGAAACUGAGAAGAUAGAUAUAGUACUACAUUUUGCAGCUCAAACACAUGUAGAUCUUUCAUUUGUCCAUGCCUUGGAGUUUACCUAUGUCAAUGUUUAUGGUACCCAUGUUCUGGUGAGUGCUGCUUAUGAAGCCAGAGUGGAGAAAUUCAUUUAUGUGAGCACUGAUGAAGUAUAUGGAGGUAGCCUUGAUGAGGAAUUUGAUGAGUCUUCACCAAAACAACCUACAAAUCCUUAUGCAUCAUCUAAAGCAGCUGCAGAAUGUUUUGUACAGUCUUACUGGGAACAGUAUAAGUUUCCAGUUGUUAUCACAAGGAGCAGUGAUGUUUAUGGACCACAUCAGUAUCCAGAAAAGGUUAUUUCAAAAUUUAUAUCGUUAUUGCAACACAACAGAAAAUGUUGCAUUCAUGGUUCAGGACUCCAAAAAAGAAAUUUCCUUUAUGCUGCUGAUGUAGUAGAAGCUUUUCUCACUGUUCUAAAGAAAGGGAAACCAGGUGAAAUUUAUAACAUAGGAACCAAUUUUGAGAUGUCAAUCGCACAACUUGCCAAAGAAUUGAUACAAUUGAUCAAAGAGACCAGUUCAGAGUCUGAAAUGGAAAAUUGGGUUGAUUAUGUUGAUGAUAGACCUUCCAAUGACAUGAGAUAUCCUAUGAAAUCAGAAAAAAUGCAUGGUUUAGGAUGGAGACCUAAAGUUACCUGGAAAGAAGGAAUAAAGAAAACAAUUGAAUGGUACAAAGAGAAUUUUCACAACUGGAAGAAUGCAGAAAAAGCUUUGGAACCCUUUCCUGUGGAAUAAAAAGUUUUACAAUAAGAAAUAUUUAUGGGAGAGAAAAGCAGAAAAUCGUUUUACCUCAUAGAUACUUGAUAUGAAAUCAAGUUACCAAACAGAAUUUUCUUUCCUUUUGGAAGUAGAUUCAGGUGUUUUUGCACAAAAUCUCAAAGGUAAAAUUAUGUUAUAAAUAAUAGGUAUUCUCAGUUCAUAGAAGAGUUGCAUUAUGA